AAAACCCACAGUAGGUGGCGCUAAUGUGAAAAUACAAGCUGGCAAUAAAGAAGAAGACUGUUCUGAGGUGAAGCGAGCAGUUCACGAUUAGCUCUCCCCAUAAGAACCCUGCAGAAUGAAACGUGCUGAAGAACAAACAGCACUGAUGGAAGAGAACGAGGAGAGUGAAAAACUGAGUGAAGUGGAGGAGGAAUAUCAUGACAAACCUGGAGAAGAACCUUUAAGUCCCUCAAAGACCAAAAAUACAUUUUUAAAGAAAAGAAGAGCCAAGAAAUCUACAACCUGCACUCAGUGUGGAAAAAGUUUCAGAAGGAAAUAUAAUCUAGAGAUUCACAUGCGGAACCACUCUGGAGAGAAACCGUUUACAUGCACUCAGUGUGGAAAGAGUUUCUUAACCAAACGUAAUCUUAAUGUUCACAUGAGAAUCCACACUGGAGAGAAGCCGUUCACAUGCGAUCAAUGCGGGCAGAGCUUCACACAAAAACCAGCCCUUAAUGUUCACAUGAGGAUCCACACUGGAGAGAAGCCGUUCAAAUGUGAUCAAUGUGGAAAACGUUUCACGAGAUCAAUAAACCUUAAAGUACACAUGAAUAUCCACACCGGAGAGAAGCCGUUCACCUGCACUCAGUGCGGAAAGAGUUUCACAAGGAAAUAUAAUCUAGAGAAUCACAUGAGGAUCCACACCGGAGAGAAGCCAUUCAGAUGUGAUCAGUGCGGAAAGAGUUUCUCAAGUAAACCAAAUUUUGACGUUCACCUAAAAGUUCAUACCGGAGAAAAGCCAUUUAUGUGUGAUCAUUGUGAAAAGAGAUUCUCAAACAAACAAAGUCUUCAUGUUCACUUGCGAGUUCAUACUGGAGAAAAACCAUUCACAUGUGAUCAGUGCGGGAAGAGCUUCAGUCAAAAACCAGGUCUAAUGGAACACAUGAAGAUCCACACCGGAGAGAAACCGUAUGUAUGCGAACAAUGUGGAAACUAUUUCACAUCCAAACAUAGUCUUGAUGCUCACAUGAGAGUUCAUACUGGAGAGAAGCCGUUCAAGUGUGACCAGUGUGGGAAACGUUUCACGAGAUCAAGAAACCUUAAAGGACACAUGAUGAUCCACAAUGGAGAAAAGCCGUUCACAUGUGAUCAGUGUGGAAAGAGUUUCAGACGCAAACACAGUCGUGAGAUUCACAUGAGAGUUCAUACCGGAGAGAAACCGCAUGUGUGCCAUCAAUGUGGGAAGGGUUUCCUCCGAUCAGCACACCUUAAAUCACACAUGAAAAUCCACACUGGAGAGAAACCGUUCACAUGUGAUCACUGUGAAAAGAGAUUCUUACACAAACAAAAUCUUAAGAAACACAUGGGGAUCCACACCGGAGAGAAGCCGUUCACAUGUGAUCAGUGCAGCAGAACAUUUCUUAGGGCAUCAGUCCUGAAGGCACACCUGACAAUUCAUACGAAGGAGAAACCGCAUUCAUGUUCUGUGUGUGGAAAGAGUUUUUCACUGCCGCAAACUUUACAUGUACAUCAGAAAACACAUAGUGGUGUGAGAGAGUACAUGUGCUUUGAGUGUGAAAAGACUUUUACUUCAGCAAACUGUUUAAAACAGCACAAGAUUAUUCACACUGGAGAAAAACCUUACAAGUGUUCACACUGUGACAAGAGAUUUAGUCAGUCUUCAAAUCUGAAAACACAUGAGAGGAUCCACAGCAGAGAGAAACCUUAUAAGUGUUCACAUUGUGACAAGAGAUUCAGACAGUCAGGAUAUCUGAAAACACACAAGAUGUUCCACACUGGAGAGAAGCCGCACACGUGUGAUCAAUGUGGGAAGUGUUUCGCUAUUAAAAGUUACCUGAAGAUACACGAGAAGAUCCAUGCAGUGGCGAAACCAGAUCACCGCAGUCUGAAAUCACAACCUGAUGGACAUGAACCAGAAAGAAAAAACAGAAGAAGAAAAAAUUGUGAGCUGCACUCAGUGUAAAAAGAGACUGACAUGGGUAUCAGUCCUGAAGAAACACCUGAGGAUUCACAUAAAGGAGAAGACUCCUUUGUAAUAUUACAGCAGAAAAGACAUGGCAGUGUGAGUUUAAGUGAAGAAAGUCCUUUACUACAGAAGAUGAACUGAAAGAGCACCAGAAAAUCCACACUGGAAAAAAACUUUCAAGGCAUAGUUCAAGGAGCUGAAGAACAGGCCAUAACAUGUAUAAGAAAUUUAACUCUGAUAUUAUUUUUUAACUUGUUCUUAAUAAUAGUUUAUCUUCCACUUCUACUCUUCCAUGCAUAUGCAAGAUAUACUUUUGCAGCCAGCCACUUUGCUUCUCUUCAUCUCUUGUAAGUCAGUAAAGAGAGAUAUGUCUCAUUCAGAUUAAUUUUUACUUAAUCUUUGUAUUUGCUUCAAGUAAUGAUCGAUUAAACGCAUUAUUC